CUUUGAACAAAAACGGUUUUACCUCACUAUGAAAUCUUAAGUAAUAUCUCUACUGUUGAUUGUUAAUAUUUCAAACUGAUCCUUUUAAGAACAAACUACUUUUUGUUUUUGUUACUUGAUAAUUCAAGCUGAGAGUUUUAGUUGCAUUCAGAAUUUGUAAACAAAAUGCACCUGUUUUAAAAAGGAUAACAUAUUCGAUUUUAAGUGGCGGCCGGUUGCAUGUUUGACACUUGUUUCAGAUGAAAAGAAAAUUACAACCCUAUCAAUAGUAAAACCAUGCAGUACCCAACCAUUCUUGCUUUUACUUUUGCUACCAUAGUGUCACACAUUACGUGCGCACCAGCCACAAACUACGAUGACAGGACAAUUGACAACAUAAAUGGCCAAACCUUGGUCGACGUUGGAUCCAAAUUCAAUAUUACUAUCUUGAUAGUGAUUGGCAAAGCAAUGAAGAAUAUAGAAAACGAUGUUAAGGAGGCAGCAAUGGAGCUUUGUCGGCUGCAUCCUUGUACAGACUGGAGUCAGUGGUCUGACUGUGAUGUUAGCCCUGAUAAAUAUGGACAAAUUGGGGCUAAAUCACGCACCAGAAAUUGCGGAGGCAAUACUACACUCUGUGAGCGGUACGGGAUAUCAAGACUUGCGUAUGAAUAUGAGGUGUGUGAGAAAUUUUGUCCAAUAGAUUAUACUGUAACCAAAUAUGGAUUUUGUUUGAAAUUUUACGCUGGACCGAAAAAAUGGGACGAUGCUGAAGCAGUGUGCCGAAAUGAUGGAGGGCAUCUCGUGAAUGUUGACUCUGAAAUCAAAGCGCAUGACGUAAACAUGACUCUCGAAGCAAAUUCGUUAUCUGGUACAUAUGCUAAUUUGGUCUGGAUAGAUGGCCGAAGAUCCGUUCAAGGUGGCGCUUGGUCGUAUGGAUAUAAAUCAACAGAUUCGUCCUUUGUAUACUGAGGCGACGAUGACCCAGAUAACAAACCUUCCGACUUGUGUAUGGCGUAUCAAAGAAAUCCCAAUGCAGACUCAAAUAUGUGGCGUUGGUACGAUCAUUAUUGUCCUAACAAGUUCCAGUUUGUGUGUCAGGUCGCUAAGUAAAUGAUUAACUGCUGCAAGAAAAAGAACACAACCGUUUAGAGAGUUGUUUGCAUGUAGAGAAAAUGGAUACGCAUUUAGCUUGAACAUUUGAAAAUUCUGAUACUUGAUAGAUAUUGAUAAACAUUAAAGAUUUCAUAUAUUAAAAAACAACAAACAAAAUGAUACAGUAUAUAAUAAAAGUGUCAUUAUGAAAAUAGUUAGAUCAUACACUUUGUAUUCGGCCCUCAUACAUUUUGCCAGGUCGAAUCACAUUCGGCAUUUGUGCGACUCAUGAGAUUCGAUUUGGACAAUGUCCGCUCGAGCCGAAUACUGCAUCCCAGAUCGAGCUACUGUUAUAAUAACCCUAUUUGAUAAUGAUUAUUAUUAUUGUUAUUAUUAUAUUUACGUU